UUUUUCCAAUCCUUUCCAAGGCAAGCCUCGCAACACAGUGUUGCCAAAAUGACCUCCAGCCCCAUAAGGGUUAAUCGCACCACCCCGAGAUUGAGCAAUGACCAUUGACUGUGAUGACAGUGACAGCUCGUAUUACACAACAAAGCGUUAGAGUAGAUUUUGUACCCAUUUUUUUUUAAGUAAUCGGCCUCUACUCGUUUUGUAGCAACUGGCGACUGUCUGGCGGCACAUCGACGCUCGACGCGUUUUGAGAAGUCGAAACAGCAAGCAUCCAGUUCGUGCAGUUCGAAAAGAUCGCACUUCUUCAAUGUGGUUGUUGUUUUCGGUCUCUCUACUCUUAUAAAGAGAAAAAUUACGCCUAAUUCGGCGGUGUUAAAUUGAAAGAAAAUGUUCGAUUGACUUCAGUGAAGCCCUGUGUGGUGAACAUUGGAAUCAAUCGCAAUGGCUGAACUAACAAGAUUCUGCUGUUUACUGUUCAUCAGUCAUUUGCUAUCUGUACGAGCCGCCGAUAAUUCCCAAGAUUACAUUACUUGUGCGUAUUACAAAGGCACUAUUGAACACGUGACUGAAGAAAACACGCUAGAAGACUUGGAGGAAGAUGAGGCCGUUGUCACGGAAAACUCCAGGAAGUGUUACGACAACAGCUACUGCUACACUUUGUGGCAACAGGAUGCUCAAAAUCGCUCUGUUAUUAUGGGACAAGGAUGUUGGGCACACCCAGGCAAAAACGAGUGCUUCAGAUCCGCUUGUCUCACAGACAAUCCGCCACCUCCAGCUCGAAACAACACGAAGUUUUGUUGCUGUUCUGAGAACAUGUGCAAUUUGAACUUUACUGAUGCCUAUGUGCCUUCAGAAGGGCCUCUUCAGAACUCAACGAAAAGCUUCGAUGACGACCCAAGUCUGCCCUUGGUUAUAUGGACGGCUAUCGGAAUAGGCUUUCUGGCGUUUGUUGCCAUCAUGAUAGUUGUUAUCUAUCUUUUCUGGAGAAGAGUGCCGCAGAAGAGCGACUUGGAGUAUGGACAUCCCAUGAUCCCACCGCCAGACUACAGCCUGGAAAAGUUGAAGCUGAUUGAUAUUAUUGGUCAAGGGAAGUAUGGGUCAGUGUGGCGCGGAAUUAUCGAGGACCAAGAAGUGGCCGUGAAGAUAUUCCCAGGCCAUUACAGGAAUUGUUUCUUCAACGAAUACGAAAUUUACAAAGCAGUGGGCGAUGAUCCCAACAUCCUGAAAUGCUACGGAGGCGGAGAAUAUUGCCGCGUGAUCGGCCAUCCAGAAUUCGCCUUACUCUUGAGCAUCGAGCAACAAAGCCUGCAGGACUACUUGAAGCGGAACGUUAUGGAUCUGCCAACGCUUGGCAAAAUGUGCCUCAGCAUAGCCAAAGGCCUUGCCCAUUUGCACAGCGAUAUUGGCAAACCUUGCGUCAGCCAUCGCGACUUGAACACCAAAAACAUUCUGGUCAGAAGCGACCUUUCCUGUUGCAUUUGCGAUCUGGGAUUGGCGAUUAUUCCGAGAAGCGCCGAGAGCAAGGCUCUCAGUGAAGCUGGUACUCUCAGAUACAUGUCCCCCGAGGUGCUGGAAGGGGCAGUGAAUCUUUGCGACUGCGAAAGUGCUCUUAAGCAAACCGAUAUUUAUGCAUUCGGUUUGGUCUUGUGGGAAAUUGGCUCCAGAUGCUUGGACCUACAAAGCGCAGAGCCACAACCCUAUUUACAGCCGUUCUUUAAGGAAACUGGGGAAAAUCCCACUUUGGAACAGAUGCAAAAUUUGGUGACUCGACGAAAAAUGAGACCAGCUUGGCCACCGUCAUGGAAGGACUCGGCUGCUGCAAGGGCUCUGACUGAAACCGCCGAAGAGUGUUGGGAUCAGGACGCUGAUGCUCGUUUGACCGCCCUUUGCGUGGUGGAGCGAUUUCUGGAUUUGCCCAACAUGAAGGGUCGCGCCUUACAUCCAAUGCAUCCGCCUGCCAGUCCUACACCUUUGAUUAAUAAUAAUCACUUACAUGAUAAUCCGAUUGAUGCAUCGGUUGGCACUGUUGAUACCCUGCUAUCACCAUCAACUGAAGAAUAUUGCAAAAACUCGAAUCAGCUGGCCGCUUGUGUCCUGCCCCUACAGCCUCAUCAAGGUAGAAAUCCGUGUUUGGAGCGAAACCUCCUGUCCGGCUCCAGUGAUAGUCUUCUAAUCGACAAGUCUUCAAAGCAUUGUACUUCGUCUGAAAGCCAAAUUCUGCUGACCAACGAGUUUUUGAACUACCAAAUGAACAAUCGAGCUGCCCCCAUUCCGUAUGUGCAAAACGCUGUGUACGGGCUGCCGAAGCAGCAAAACAUCCCCCAGCCGGCUGCAGUGAGCCAAACCCAAAGAAAGCGGUUCAAGUGGAGCAGCUUCAAGAAGCUGCUUCAUGCGAACAAGUCUGCGGAUAGUCGCAACAGCCAGAAACAGACGCAAGUGAGGCUCAAAAGCAAAAUCGUCAACAGUUCGGGGGGCAAUUCGGGAGUGACGACGGCCCUGUUGGGAGAGCCUGAGGUAAAACGGCCCUGCACUUUGGGCCUUUCCAUUGCCAAACCCCAGGAGUUCUCCAAUAACAGUGGAGUUACGCAGAUUGUGGGCCGAAAGAACAGCUUGUCACGGCAGCGGUCGUUGGAACAGUUUUCAGAGGUUUUUUCCUCCACCACUGACCUAUCAAGACUGAAAGACCCUUCGCAACAUGUGAAAACGCCGGGAGAUGUGCCGCCCUCCGUGCGGAAAACCAGAGGAAAGGCGUCGGAAAAUUCGGCCCGAUUUUCCCUGUAUGACGAUCGCAUGAUGAGCAGGGGCUCGUGGGGGAGCGCUCCGGACCUGGACCCUCCGGCCCUGUUGACCCACACUCAGAUAAAUGGGGACAACAGUGCGAGCGUAAGUAGUUUUUAGUGCAGUUUGGUCUUCCGACUCGUAAAGAUGCGAAAGAAGUUUUUUAACAUGCUUUUUAUGUUGAUUCUGUGUGAAAUUCCGGGAGUUUUCUAUUCUUAGAACUCCCUACUGUAGCGAUCGGGAUUUGGAAAUUGAUGAUAUAUGUACAUACGUCAUUGGCAAACAUUUAAAAUAUGAAAUUAUUAGCCAACUGUAUUAUGGAAAUUAAUAGUUUUGCACAGUUUCCUCUACCAUUUUAAUUCUUUUGUCCUGAUAUGUACUCAUACGUGCCGAAAAUCAGGGAAAUAUUGAAAACUCUUGAAAAGUAGGAACGUGUCGAUGUAAGCUUUAAUUGGAAAGGUUCUACCGAAGGAGCAUAAGAUCGGAAGGUGUGAGGAAGCCGUUCACAUUUGAACGACUUCUGAAUACCGACGGAAAAUUAUAUUGCUUUCGAUUUUCAUAGCGAACAACUCGCAAUGGAGGGUAGGAUAUGUAUACGUAAGAUGUCUAUACUUAUUGCAGUUUAUCGUUGAUAUUGUCACUUCAGGAACCUUUUGUCGUCUUUUGAUUACUUAUUAAGUAAUUGUUUUUUGUGUACUUAAUACGAAUGGAUCGUUUGUUCCCGUUCCAUGCUAUGUGAUAUAGAUGUGAUUUAUUUUAGACGAAAUUCCAUUAAAAAAUUAGUCGGCUAAGCCAGACUUACUUGUCUCAUUGGAUGUAAAAUUGUAUUGUGAUACAUGCAAAAAAACGAGUAGUUUCUAGUUUAUUUGCAUCACUGAUUUAAAGGACGACAAAGGGCACGAAACGUUCAAGAUCUUUUACAUAAAUAUAAAUAUAUAUAUAUUUACGUUUGCUUCGAUUAUAUUAAGGAUAUUUAGAGAUGUGGCUGCCUACAUAGAAGGCCUGUAACUGAAUGGUAUAAUUGUUAAGUUAGCGGUAGCAUCCGAGUAAAUUAGAUUUUAUACUAGAUUUACGAGCUGAGUGAUUUGAUGUUUCUUAAUGCAAUGCAAGUUGCGUGAUACAAAUCGUUUAAAAAAAUGGCCUUAUUUCCCAUGUUGUUACAAGCUUACAUGUUUAUUUUGCGUGAUUGACAUGCGUACCAAUCGACGUGUACUGUGUAUAUUAAACAUAUUAAAUUAGAAAUUUCAAUGGUCACACACUUA